UUGUCCUCACUUCAAGAAUCUGUGUUUGCCUAGAUUGCUUGUCUCUCUCCUUCGAAGUAUUCCGCCUUUUUCCUGAGUUGCUACUUUGGAGGCGUUUUUUUCUUUGUUCGCAAGGAAUCGUUAGAUUAUAGCCGCGAAAAUGACGGAUAGGCAUGCUGGAAGUGGGUUGUCGAGUGGGUGGAGGUGGAUUGGUUUUGAUUGAGGAAAUUGUUUUAUAGAAAAGUGGGUUGGGAUCCAGCGCGGUGUUACUUUAUCCUCAUGGAAGGGAUACAAGUGUUGAGGGUAGAGUGGGGCGAGAAGAAUUUUUGAUGCCACGAUGACGUCGGGCCCUGAAUCUUUACUGUAACCGUUGGGAGCUGGGGCAGAAGAAACGGCUAUGGCGGACACCUUCCCGGCCUCGCACGGGGACAUGUCCAGGCAAAGUAACAGCCAUGACAACAACAGGGACGUUCCAAAACCAAGUAGUAGCAACAACAACAACAACAACAACAACAACAGUCAUGGCGAGUUUGACUCAAUCGGACGCCACGGAUUCAUGGACGCUCGGAAUUCUCACCAGCAAAAUUCGUCUCGCAAACGAAAUAACCGACCGACCUUUUGGCAGCGAGGACCAAUCGCACCCUCCAUGUCUUGGCGCGAUCAGAGCCGGCUUGCUGAGAUGGGAAGCCGUAACAGCUAUGACAUCCCAGAUGACGUGCAUGGUGAUGCAGCUGGCCGACGACCUCAAUCAACUGGUACCCAGCCAAACGCAGAACCGCAUUGGGAGAAGGGAGGCAAAUGGAGAUCACGUAGUAAUAAGAGUGUCCCACCUGUGCGGGCAUUAGCUGCUUAUUCUGACGUCGGUGUUCAGGAUGAGGGUAACUUGGUUACUUCCAUAGUUGGCACUUGUCAAGACAUGUGUCCAGUUCGCGAGCGAGAACAGCGUCAAAGGCUUAGGGAUCUGGCCAUCUUUGAGCGUAUUAAUGGGAAAACAGAUGAGACAUCUGCAACGCUUGCUGUUAAGAGGUUUUGCAGGACUAUAGCUGUUGCUGAAUUGCAACCUUCGGAUGUUCGACCGCAGCAUGUGUUAUGGGAAACGUUGCAGUACUUAUUGGAAAUGACAGACCGUCGUGACUGCACCUUCGAAUCUGUCCAUGCCUUUCUUUUUGAUCGGACCCGUGCAGUUCGACAAGAAUUAAGCAUGCAAUGCAUUGCCAACAGCCAGGCCAUUACGAUGAUUGAGGAAAUUGUGAGGUUUCACAUCAUGUCAGAGAGGGAGUUGCAGGAACAAAUAGCAGGCCUUAGAAAUGAUGCAGAUUCGCAACUGAAUCUCCAGCAGCUCUCCAAAUCUUUACUCACACUCCUCAACUUGUAUAGUGCCGUUGAAGCUGAAGCAAGCUCUGGAUGGGCGCACGAGGCAGAAUUUCACGGUUACUACGUGUUGUUGAACUUGGGAGAUAGAGGCCAUUCCAAGGCCGAACCGCUUGCACUGUGGUUCCGCAGGGUGCGAUCCCUGGUGCUACAGGCCCCUGCGUUCAUGUAUUGCCGAAGAGUGCUGAGGUGUUACAGGAGCGGUAAUUACAAAGGAUUCUUUGAUUUGGCACAGAAAGCGUCAUACCUUCAAGGCUGCUUAAUGGAGUUGUACUUUGGAGAGAUACGCACGUUAGCUUUAAGGGCCAUAAAUUGCGGCGGAUACAAAACGCACCCCUUCCUGCUGGGGGAUAUCGCCGAACUUUUACUAAUGAAGGAGGAUGAUACGGAAGAAUUUUGCAAGACUCAUGGGCUAAUAACCUGUCUUGACAAGGGUCAGUUGUAUUUGACGGCAAAACAAACAACAUUUAGUCCUUCCAUCCAGACAUUUAGGCAUCAAUGCUCACUAAUUAGUCGAAAGCGAGCUCCGACGUUUUUCCAAGAAAUUGUCGGAGUUAGAGAUAAGAAUUAGGGGUAAUUAACCACAGCAUUGUUGAUUUUGAGGGGAACGCUAGCCUUUGGCCGCAUCAAGAAUCUGGUCACAAUUCUAGCUUUUGUAUAGUAAUCGAAUGAAGGAUCUAGGAAAGAGACAAACAUAUGACAUGUGAAACACCAUCUGGCACGUGUGCGCUAUGAAAUUAUACUUGAGAAGGGA